CCAUAAGGACCAAAAAUGUAAUUCACUCCUUUUGCAAUAUUUCAUUCGUUUUGACCCGUUGCCCCGGCAGUCCAAUUGACCCGCCCGUUUUGCCACUCCAGUUGACGUUUACGUUUUUUUUUUUCAACGUGAGCUGGACUCAUACACAGAAUCGCUGAUUCGAUCUCUCUUCUCCAGUUUACGUUUGGAUCCAUCAUCACAACUUCCAUACGUUAAACUCCAAUAACCACCGCCGGAACCCUAAUUAUAAGAACCCUCGGCUGUGUUAAUCUCGCCGGCGUUCCUUCAGGAAGAUGGUGGUUCCGGUGGUCAAUUUCCCAAUAUUCUUAUGUGUACGGAGUUUAGGAGUAUUGGUGCUGAUUAUAGUUCUUAUAUGGAAUGUUAAUUACAGAGGAGGAUUAGCUCUUUUCUCACAGAACAAAAGUCUACUCUUCAAUGUUCAUCCUGUUUUGAUGGUAACUGGCCUUCUUCUGCUGAAUGGGGAAGCUAUGCUGGUGUACAAGACGGUAUCAGGAACAAAAGGUUUCAAAAAGCUAGUUCAUCUCGCACUCCAGUUUCUGGCAUUCGUAUUUGGGGGAAUCGGUUUAUGGGCUGUUUGGAAGUUUCACAAAGAUAGGGGGAUCGACGAUUUUUACACCCUGCACUCAUGGCUCGGCUUAGCUUGCUUAUUCCUAUUUGCCAUCCAGUGGGGGGCUGGAUUUGCGACAUUUUGGUACCCGGGUGGUUCGACGAAAAACCGAGUCUCAUUGAUGCAAUGGCAUGUCUUCUUUGGUGUCUAUAUAUAUGCCCUUUCUUUAGCUUCUUGCAUCACUGGUAUUUUAGAGAAAGCAACAUUUCUUCAAACCCACAAGAUAAUUUCACACUAUUCUACAGAAGCAAUUAUGGUGAAUAUUUUGGGUGUGUUGAUCGUUUUACUGGGCAGUUUUGUUAUCUUUGGGGUUAUAUCACCAUCAAAUGGCAAAGGAGAAGUGAUCCGAGGAUCAAUCGAGCUAAUAGAAGAACAACCGAUGAUGGUAUCUUCCUAAAUAGAGGCAUUUUACACUCGAAUUUGGUCAUGAUGGUGACUUCAUCCAUCUACUAAUGUUGUUUUUAGCACAACGGACCUGUGUUCUUAAGGUGCGCCAUGGCAGCCGUUGUGGCACAGGGUUCGUGUCAGAGUAAACCUACUUAUAUAUGGUCUUAUAUCAAGGUAAAAGUUGAAAGCAUGUGUGUAUCUAGAGUAGGAUCAAAGGACAACAAUGUCAACAAGAAAACACAAAAACGGUCAAAUCGUGAUUUUGCACUGAAUUAACAUGCAAUUACGGAAUA